UCACCGAAGCUUUUUCGGAAACGAAGAGAUUGCUUUUCUGCGAAGGAAUCUCUCCCAUUUUUUUUCCUGAAUUCAGUGAGAGGUUCUUUACGAAAUCGAUUUUCCUCCUCUUUUUUGCCUUAAUUUCAGAUUUUAUUUUUUUGCAUUUCAUCUUUCUUUAAUUCGAAAAAGUUUUUUUUUUUUUUUUAAAAUCGAUUUUGAAGGGUUGAAGACAAUCAUUUUUUCCUAAUUUUGCUUUUUGUUAAUUUUAUUUCGUAUCAAAUUCGGAAAUCCUUGGAAAAUUUCAAUUCUAGGGUUGGGAUUCUGUUUGGGGGCCUUUUCGAAUUGAAAAACCCUUGAUAUGAAUUUUUAGGCAUUUUGCAUCAAUCGCCCCUUUCCAAGCUAGCUUUCUGCCUUUGUUUCGAAAAUUCUGGAAAAAAAAAAUCGAUUUUUGCUUUUCGUGUUUCAAUCUUUUUGAGGUUGCAGGGUUUGUUCUCUGUUCACUGGCAAAAUGGGGCAACAGCUUUCGAAAGAUGAGAUGCUUUAUCAGCAGGUCAAUUAUGGAAAUGUCGAAGGGAUUAAGUCUCUUCGACGUGACGGUGCCAGCCUCGAGUGGAUGGAUAGAGAAGGGAAGACUCCCCUGAUUUUAGCAUGCAUGAGGGCUGACUUCUUGCCUGUUGUCAAAACUCUUAUUGAACUGGGUGCGAAUGUGAAUGCUUACCGUCCAGGGUCUCAUGCUGGAACUCCGUUGCAUCAUGCUGCAAAACGAGGCCUAGACCAUACCGUUAGGCUACUUCUUUCUCAUGGAGCAAAUGCAUUAGUAAUGAAUGAUGAUUGUCAGACUCCUCUUGACAUGGCUAGAGCAAAGGGACAUUCCAAUGUUGUACGUAUUAUCGAGGGUCAUAUUGGCCUUUUCUAUGGUUGGCUGAGGGAGCUUUAUGGGCCGGGCUUUCUAGAAGCACUUGCUCCCCAAUGGGUAUCUCGAAAAAUUUGGGUGGUGGUGAUACCCCGUGAUUCUCGUAAUCCUCAGAACCCUAAAAAGUUUGAGCUUGCUAUAUAUCCUGGACUACAGGUUGCUCAGCCUCGUACUAUUAUCCAACUUUGGAAGACCAAUAUUGAAGAAGUAAAGUUCAACCAGCCAGAUCCUGUUAUGGUUCUUUUUGACAAGGCCUCCAAAACGCGGUUUAAGUUCUUAUCUGCAAAUGAGGGCGACAAGCAGCAGCUGCUAUGGUUUCAUAAUGCCUGCCGCGGAAUGCAUCAGGUCAUUCCUCCCGCUGCUGGAAAUCCAGGACCUGCACCGACUACUAAUCCUGAAGAUCUGCAGUUAGCUAUGGCCAUCAGUGCCUCUAUUCAGUUGGCUAUGGAGGAGAGACCGCCAAUUGUUCCCACCCGCCCGGGCUCUGAAGCAAGCGACAUGAAUGGUUGGGGGAAUUCUGCUGACAAUGCAAGCCACAAUGGUUGGGGCGCACCACAGGGACCUUCACCUCCUUCAAAAGCGAGCAGUAGCAGUGGAUUGAUAGAAGCACCAGCUAGUAGUACAUAUAAUGGAUGGGGUACACCAGAAGCUGGGCCAAGUGCCGAUCCAAUUCAGCACCACCAGAGUAGUGGGUCGGAUGUUGGCACAUCCACCCUAAACAUUCCUCAGGGAGUUUCUGUAAUUCCUUCUGCCCCACCAAUUCCUGAUAACAGCCCAGACAAUGGCCCGAUUCAUUAUCCUUCCAUUGACUGCAGCCCCAUAGAUUUAUCCAUGCCAGCCGUUGAGGUCCAACCUGUGAAAAGUGAAAUCAUAGAAGACGGAGAUGCUUCUUCAUUGUGUGUGAUAUGUUUGGACGCCCCUAAAGAGGUGGUAUGUGUUCCCUGUGGUCACGUGAUCGGCUGCAUGUCUUGUUUGAAUGACAUCAAAGCCAAAAAAUUGGGCUGCCCAAUCUGCCGUGCUAAGAUUGAUCAGAUUAUAAAGAUCUUCUCUGUUUGAUCACGAAGCCGAAGGCACAGAUCUGACUCUGUUCAGGAACUUGAAUGAAUUUCUGGGGUGCAAAUGGUAAUGUUCAUAGGCAAUCUUGUAUCAGAGGAGCUCUGUUUAUGGUUCAGAUUCUCGCAAAUGAAAUACAUGAACUACAAACAAACUGGUUCUGGUCAUCUCCCGAUCAUCAAGUAGGAUUGUAAAUAAAAAUGCCCGCUUUAGCUGGUUCACUUCUUAUGGAGUACUUGUUGAUAUUUACAUAAUUUGGAAUGGCCCGUGAUGCUGAAAUAAGGAAGCGAGGACCGAGGAGCAUUCAUAUCAGCCGUCUUCUCUAGGUUGUGAGGACCUUUCUUUUUGUAUAUAUAUAUAUUCUCUGCCACCAAACUGAUGCAGGUACGCUUCACAUCCAAAUGGUUUUUAUUGUCAAUAUGUGGAAAAUGGACAACAAAGCAUUUGUAAUUUUGAGAUGGUGUUAACUUUCAUACAUAGAACCAUACAUAUUAUUUGGCUUGCCACAGGUGUUUUA